GAUUUCAACAUCCAUGAAAGUUGAACACUAUGUGCGGAUUGUUGGCGAACAUGCAAUGCGCGUCCACAUUCCAAAAAAUAUGGGAUAUUUGGGUGACAUUGCCAACCCACGGAGACUAGGCAGAUAAUCCGUCAGUUCCACAACCGACGCGGUAUGGUGAAGUGGUGUGGGAAGUUCUCAGUCAACAGGAGCAUUUCUGGCUCAAGCAGUCACUGCCUCGCCACGAUGUUGUUUGUAUAUCUCAUCCCCUGUCAUAUGUUUCAUUCCGCCGAAGGUAUUAUCGACCCACUCACCAUGUCGCGAAGUGAACAACUGUUAAGGAAAAUUGUAACUUAUAUCGACACAGAAUCCACUUUGUGCUAUCCUACAUUUCCUGCGAAAUUCACAAACCAAACAUUGCCUCUAAACAGUGAAGUGUCUGCAGAAAUGUUACAAAGAUUCCACCCAGUGUUGAGCGAAGUUUUCACUCCGCAAUCUCUCAUGUGGAAUUACGCUCAUGACGUGGAACGAGCCUCGCGAAUCGCACGGACGGUUAACCGGUUCUAUGCCGUUUCCGGCGGAUCAGUGCUCACUGAGUUACUAAAAGCUAUAUUACAAGCCGAAAAACCGUUGAUGCACAACCGCCUGGACACAUCUGAGGUGGCAACGACUAACAGAACCGAAUUGUCUAUUAAAACGAAUGGAAUAGCGCUACUGGGAAUGGGAGUAUGUGAGGGAGCUGGCCUUGUGGGUUACGUCACAAUCGUAGAGGACUUCACACAACCUACGAACGACCCUUGUUCUUCUCCCAUGGAAUCUGGUCAAGCCUCAUUCACCGUCUCCGACUCCACUGGUGGAAAGGUCUUUGGCCUGUGGAAACUCGACCACUGUGAAGUUGUCCCCUUUCGUCCAGCUCAUGUCAGACUGUUUGUACAAACAGGGAGCUUAAAAAUGUUCUUCGAACUGGAUCUGAGAAAAUUUGUGCUGGAUCAGUGUAAAUUGAACAUGCACAGAUGUGGUGCCAAUAAAAAGUGUGAAUAUAGACGCUACAGUGAUUGGGCUUUUGCAAUGGACAACUACAUUUGUGUCUGUACAGGCUCCUUUUACGUGGAUAACGAAGAAAAUGGUUUUCCAGCUCCCCUGAUGCUGGCCAAACUCCAAACCCCAACAGCAGACUACAUUUCCCCCCGAUUUCACUGCAGGCCGUGUCCGCCUGGCUGCGGCCGCUGCGGCUCGGAUUCCGUCUGCCAAGUUCAGUUGGACUUCAAUUUAUUGCGAGCAAUUUCACUGGGCCUCCAAAGCUUUUGUAUUACCAUCUGCUUAAUACUCGGCGUCGCCUUACUGCGACUGCGUCGAACGAGGGUAAUCAAGGCCGCAAAUUGGGUGCUGAUGGAGAUCCUUUUGAUCGGCGCCGUGCUGUUGUACCUUAUAGUAGUCGCCAUGUAUUUUCCCGCAAGUGACCUCACUUGUCUUCUCGUACCGUGGCUUCGUGAACUGGGAUUCUCCAUCAUGUAUGGUGUACUUAUUGUAAAAAUCUAUCGAGUUCUAUCCGCAUUUCAAUCUCGGAAGGCACAUCGAGUCCACGUUCGAAAUAAAGACAUUUUGAAGUUCCUCAGUAUUUUUAUUAUUACGACAUUCACCUAUAUGGUCGCGUGGACAGCGGUCAAUUUGGAUUACAUCAGUUCGGCGCCUUGGAAUCGUGACCCUAGUUCUAACACUCCGGUCAGCAUUGUUCAGCAAGGAUAUAUCAGUGUAUCUCGUACCCUCACAGACUCUUCGGUCGGAGCACAAAAUGCAAGUGGGACAGUGAAUCAGAGCGAAAUAGUCACCAGCGAAGUCUCAAAGCGUACUCGGAUGCAGCUGAUGCGGUUUGACGUAUGCCGAGCGAUGUCAUGGGAUGUUGUGGCGGAACUAGCUGAAUUUACCAUCUUGGCCGUUAGCAUUCACUACUGUCGCCUGGUUCGCACCGCGCCAUCUGAGUACAAUGAGACGCUUUACAUCACCAUCGCAUUGAUAAUCGAAUUGACAGUCUCCGGGAUUCUGAACAUUGUCCGCCAUGCCAUCUGGUACUCUGUGCAUCCGGACUACGUUUUUCUGCUCUAUUUCAUCCGUUCGCACACCACAAUAACUGUCAACCUGGCACUAAUAUUCGGACCAAAAGCCUGGUUUUUAUACCGUCCGCCGAAUACGAUAGCAAAUAUUGCGCGUUCCCGAGGACAGACCGCUGCUCCAUACUCCGCCGAUCCAAACCUGGCUUCCACAGGCAAACUGAACUUGGCGUUGAACGGUGACCUCGAUAUCGCGGACAUAAAUUUGGCCGAUAUGAAUCCAGAAGUGAUACGACGGGAACUAAAGCGAUUGUAUACGCAAAUCGAACUGUACAAAACAAAGGCGAUGCGCAAGGACAAUCCACACAUAAGCAAGCGUCGCGGCGGUCGAAAACAGAGAAGAUUUUCGCUUCAACCAUUUCACAAACGACAUCAUGGUCCAAGCGGGACGGGAAGUAUACCGAUGGCCACCACCGAUUCCACAUAUUGUUGGGCGCAAUACCGUAACAAGCAUGAGAACAUGGGCCCCGGUUCUGAGGUGUGUCCAAAACACGGAAGACAUGGAAGUUCUUUGUCCACUGCACCAGGCUCCAUCACACCAGGCGGUCACGCCGGAAAUUGCUAUGCCUACUCGAGUAUUGUGCAUGACGAGGAAGCGUCCAAGUUUUCCGAGGAGUCCACGAACAGCGGGGAUAAUCUCAGUCCACCGGCCAAAGUAAAUUCCCCGCAACAAGCGUUGUGCGUCAUGGUGCCCUACACAAACGCGGGACGCACAUCGCUGAGCACGACGGCCAAGUACAGUGUCACCGCUUCCGGGUCUCCGGAAUCCGAUUGUACGCUUCACGCACGAGGGAGCCGGCAGUGAAAACCGUUUCACAAAUCUGUUCACUCAGGACAACAAAUCGAUCGGCGACUUAGAGACAACUGGAGAAACACCCCGUGUGAACGGGAGAUUAUCGCAUACAUGGCAGCAUUGGUUCCCGUGCUUUAUGUGAUAGGGGAACGAACAUAUUCAAACGUAUUUAACCUUGUACAUGCCCCCGCAUCCUUCCACAACACACUCGAAGACCAAAACCGAGGAACUGCAUGGGUGGUCCUCCCUCACCAAUCGCGUCCGUGAUAACCCCUUAACAAUACCGUGAAGCCAGUUCUGAGGCUGAUAUUCGUCAAACUUUAAAUGUGCGAAUAGGCGCGGCUUACCCUUCCUAUAAUUUGCAAACCAGUUUCUCCCAGCAUCCGCUGUCCUGCGCCGCAGCCGAUAUACCAUUAUGUGCUCGUUUCAGUUAAAUUUCGGUAGAAAUUUUCAAAUGCAUUUGUUUCUUUCGAAUAUACAAUAAGGCCUGCG